CUCUCUACCCUCCCUUCCUUCUUUUCUCUUCUUAUAAAAAGAUGGCUGAGAUUGCCAGAAGUCUGACCUCCAGAUAAGUAAGGUGUUGUCAUACAUUGAUUGCAUAAUAAAGUUCUCAACACCUCCUCGAAUUAUCUGUAGUGCCUGUCCAAGAUAUCUGUACUACUGGACUAACUUACUGGGUUAUCCUUGUAAUUGGCCCCUGACCAAGGUGUAGACCAUAGAGGUGGAGUCAUGCUUCACACGGCCAUAUCAUGUUGGCAGCCAUUCCUAGGUUUGGCUGUUGUGUUAAUCUUCAUGGGCUCUACAAUAGGCUGCCCAGCCCGCUGUGACUGUUUACCUCACAACAAGUCUGUCUCUUGUCACCGAAAAAGGUUGAUUGCAAUCCCAGAGGGCAUUCCCAUUGAGACCAAAAUCCUAGACCUCAGCAAAAACCGGUUAAAAAGUGUCAACCCUGAGGAAUUUAUGUCUUAUCCUCUGUUGGAGGAAAUAGACCUGAGCGACAAUAUCAUCGCCAAUGUAGAGCCAGGAGCAUUUAACAAUCUUUUCAAUCUGCGAUCCCUUCGCUUGAAAGGAAAUCGCCUGAAACUGGUCCCCCUUGGGGUAUUUACAGGACUGUCCAACCUCACCAAACUUGACAUUAGUGAAAAUAAAAUUGUCAUUUUGCUGGACUAUAUGUUCCAGGACUUGCAUAACCUGAAAUCCCUUGAAGUAGGGGACAAUGAUUUGGUUUAUAUAUCACACAGAGCCUUCAGUGGGCUGCUUAGCCUGGAACAACUCACACUGGAGAAAUGCAACUUAACAGCAGUACCAACAGAAGCCCUCUCCCACCUUCGCAACCUCAUCAGCCUGCAUCUAAGAUAUCUCAACAUCAAUGUUAUGCCUGUUUAUGCCUUUAAAAGACUGUUCCACCUGAAGCAUCUAGAGAUUGACUAUUGGCCUCUAUUGGACAUGAUGCCUGCCAAUAGCCUAUAUGGUCUUAACCUCACAUCCCUCUCCAUCACCAACACCAAUCUAUCUACUAUACCCUACCUUGCCUUUAAACACUUGGUUUACCUAACUCACCUCAACCUUUCUUACAAUCCCAUCAGCACCAUUGAAGCUGGAAUGUUUGCUGAUUUAAUCCGGCUUCAGGAGCUGCAUAUAGUGGGAGCUCAGCUCCGCACCAUUGAACCACAUGCUUUCCAAGGGCUCCGGUUCCUUCGUGUGCUUAAUGUUUCCCAGAACCUGUUGGAAACACUGGAAGAAAAUGUGUUCUACUCACCCAAAGCCCUAGAUGUACUGAGCAUUAGCAACAAUCCCCUGGCUUGUGACUGCCGCCUCCUUUGGAUUCUGCAAAGGCAGCCCCUCUUGCAGUUUGGGGGCCAGCAGCCUAUGUGUGCUGGCCCGGACAGCAUCCGGGAGAGACCAUUCAAGGAUUUCCACAGUACUGCCCUUUCCUUUUAUUUUACCUGCAAAAAGCCUAAGAUCCGUGACAAAAAGAUGCAAUACCUGCUGGUGGAUGAAGGGCAGACAGUCCAGCUGGUGUGCAAUGCCGAUGGUGAUCCACAGCCAGUAAUUUCCUGGGCAACCCCUCGAAGGCGUCUGAUAACCACUAAAUCCAAUGGAAGAGUUACAGUGCUGGGGGAUGGCACCCUAGAAAUACGUUUUGCCCAGGACCAAGACACGGGAGUCUAUGUUUGCAUUGCUAGCAAUGCUGCAGGGAAUGACACUUUCACAGCCUCUCUAACAGUGAAAGGAUUUGCUUCAGAUCGUUUCCUUUAUGCUAACAGGACCCCUAUGUAUAUGACAGACUCUAAUGACACUAGUUCUAAUGGCACCAAUGCAAAUACUUUCUCUCUGGACCUUAAGACAAUACUGGUGUCCACAGCUAUGGGCUGUUUCACAUUCCUUGGAGUGGUUUUAUUUUGCUUCCUCCUCCUCUUUGUAUGGAGUCGAGGAAAAGGCAAGCACAAAAACAGCAUCGACCUUGAGUAUGUCCCCCGCAAAAACAAUGGUGCUGUGGUGGAAGGGGAGGUGGCUGGACCUAGGAGGUUCAACAUGAAAAUGAUCUGAGGUUCUACCACUAGCAGUGCUUUUUUUCUUUUCUGUGGCAUUGUUUGUAUCCAAUAAACCAGCCUGGCAAAUCAAAUUGCUGGGUAGAAGGGCAGCUUGAUGUAGCUGCCCCUUUGUUCAAAUGGGGUAUAUAGGAAACUGGAAGAUUUGUUUGUGGUUGUGCGACAGGGCCUCUCCACCUAGAGGCAGGUGUGUGUGUCAGGGCUUUUCACAGAGUUGGUUUUACUAAUUGUUUGCAUUGCAAAUAUUGGCAUUCUGGGGAUCUCAGUAAUGAACCUGUUGGCUCAUGUUCACGGACAAUUGUUCAACAUUUUCUACCACUACAAAAAGAAAAAGAAAAAAAAAUAAAGAACAACCUACAGUGUAGGAUUUACAUAUUAAAGACACAUUUGUCUAAAACAUACUCUACAGUUAAAAAAAAAAGAGAGAAUUUGUAUCUAUGAUUACCAUUUGUUAAAGCCUUGCACCAUAACCAAUUGCUGGUUCAGCACCACAAAGAAAUUGAUAUAUUCUUUUCUUUUCCUUUUCUUUUCAUGAUUAAGACAACAUAUAAACUGUGUACAUUUUAAAGCAAUACGAAUGAGAGGUUGUGCUUUUACCACUACUGACCCAAGUGUGAUGUCACCAUCUUUUAACUGCAAACAGCAAACAUCGCAGAAUAGAUCCCUGUAGUUACCUAAGGAAAGAUACAUGAAGGGAGAGAUGAAUUUGUCUGAUUGUAGGAAUCCAGGUUACACUACCCAAGGCAAAAUUGUUUUAGCUCUGUUAUCUUCUGUUAAUAUAAAUAAAGGCAUGUGCCUAGUUUUGAUACAGAAUGGAAUAUUUUUUAUACUUGUGAUAUCACACUGGACCAGUUUACUGUAACAAGCCCUUGGAUUCACCCAAAAGAGGGUAAGCCACAAGUUGUGGUUAAAACUAUGAAAAAAAAAGAAGCAAGGUAGGUGUUAACCCUGAAAAUGAACCAUUUUAUCAUAGCUUGGUUUAAAUUUCACAAACCACUGUUAAUGUGUUAAUAGACAACAGAAAAGGGAAAAAAAGGAGGUAAUGAUUUUUAUGUAUUCAUAAGAAAACUCUCACCUUUAUGCUAGUUAAGAUUGAGAAGUCAGACUACAAAAGCUCUUCGGAUAGGAGCUCUUCUCAGAUGCCAAUAAACCAGGUUCAACCAUGCAUAACAGGAGGAUUAUGCAACUAAAGACAUGCUUAAAAUGUGAUGGUCUCCUUAAGGUCCACCUGCUACUAAUUAAAAAGACUUGCUCUCCACUGUCACUAUUUAAUAUUGCAUCUUCCAAGAAAUACUUAUAGAUCUUAAAGUUAAUUUCCAAGAGUGGAUGACUUCAGCUUUUCUCCUUUCUACUUUACAAAUUACAUAAUGCUUGUUUCUCCUCCAUAAUAAUCAAUGGAAGAAAAGAGAAAUCUUAUUGUGAUUUUUAAAGGGGUGAGCAAGGUUGUAUUGAAUAUAACUUAGUUACUAUUUGAUUUGUUGGCUGAUCAAGGGAAAAAAAAGGCUUAAUCCUGCAAGUGUGAAAAGCUGUACUGAUCCCCUUCUCGUUUUGCCAAUUAUAGCUAAUACUUAAUGUUCCAAGAUGCUGGCAUCAUCAAAUGUUGCCUAAAGAUUUUAAAUUCUAAAUAUUUUCCAUUUUGAAAAGGAAUUGACCUCAUCACAAAUGAUUUAAUUCAGAUGAGGCUUAAAUUUUUCCCUAAAUGUUUAGUUAAUGGCUCUUCAAACAGACUGAAUGUCACUAGUAAUCAAUUAAUAGAAAUAUGAAAGAUUAUCUAUUUCACUAGAAUGGAAGAGGCAUGAAAAUGUUAUAUAAUUCACAUUUUGAGAUGGAGCCAAAAUGGCAUCCCAUGAUAUGAUAAAUUAUAAAAGAGUUGAGCUCUGUGUUGUGAAAUGCUAGAAUGAGAAUCUUCCUUUCAAGGGACUUCCCUUUUUUGGUCUUUGAAUUUCAUGGAACUUAAAUAAAAUGGCCCCUAACAAAAAAAAAUUUUUUAAAUGACAAAUGGAGAUUAUUCCUGCCAGUUGAACUGCAACCCAGCUGAAAAUCCUGCUCUACCUUCAAUAAGGAGAGUAAAAUAAAGAAAUGAGAUGGAAAGAUUA